AUGGAGCCGACCGGCAGGAGUACCAAGAGGAUGAGACCCGCGCCGCCCGACAUCCACCAAUCGACGCCAGGUCCAGCGGAGACGACCGAUCCGGAAGCCACGGCCCCGGGGAGAACCCAACACCCGCCGCCGGGAGCUGGGAGAGAUGGCGGCGAAGGGUCGCCGGACCGCAUCAGCGACCUUCCCGACGCGGUCCUCGGCGAGAUAAUCUUCCUCCUCCCCACCAAGGAGGGCGCCCGCACCCAAGCCCUCGCGUCCCGGUGGCGCCACCUCUGGCGCGCCGCCCCCCUCAACCUCGACUGCCGUGGCAUCCCCGGCAACCUCCCCGGCGCCAUACUCUCCGCGCACGGGGGCCCCGUCCACCGCCUCUGCCUCCCGUCGCUCCUCCUCCAGUACAGAGCCGACGUCGCAGGCACCUGGCUCCGUUCCCCCUCCCUGGACAAGCUCCAGGAGCUCGAGUUCUACCUAGAGCUACCAAUAACAUACAGAUUUUCGUUUCUCAAGGUUACAGCUGCUGCAACCACCACCGGCGUCCAUCUUCAGGUUCUCGUCCACUCUCCGCGUUGCCACCAUCAGCCAGUGCCAUCUCCCGGACAAUACUGUGGAGACGCUUCAGUUUCCCCUCCUCAAGAAGCUUGCGCUCGUGGAGGUCAAAAUCUCUGA